AUGUUCAAACCAUAUUCUUAAGAGCCAUUCCAAAAGGAGCCACCCCAAGAAGUGCCACCACAAGAGGUGCCAUCCCAAGAGGUGCCACCCCAAAAGGAGCCACCCCAAGAAGUGCCAUUCCAAGAGGAGCCACCCCAAAAGGAGCCACCCCAAGAAGAGCCAUUCCAAGAGGAGCCACGAUACCAGCGCUCCCACCACUAG